AUGGCUCGCAAGAAAAGACGCACAAAGAAAUCGAUGAAGCAGCACAAGACGGAAGAAUUUGGGAAAGAAAUCACUCAGACAAGUUUGAUUGACACUGUAUCGGAGUCACUCGUUGCGAACAUUAUUGCAGGACUCCCAAUUGCUUCUAUAUGUGCGUGGAGGUGCGUAGGUAAAUUAUUUCUUAAAUUGAUAUCUGAAAAUUGGUUUACAAAACUUUAUGCUGAGAUUUCCCCGUAUAUUACUGUUGUUGUUAACAAUAAUUUUGGGGUUCACUUAGUUGAGUUUGCAAAGGGAUAUUGUCAAUUAUAUAAAUCUGUUAUCCAGAUCAACAAAGCUAAAAUUGCCGGCUCCUGUAAAGGCUUGAUUCUUAUUUUGGUUCCAUGUGAAAUUGGGGAAUAUUGGAGUCCUUUUAUCUAUUGUGCCCAAUCUCAUCUUUACCUUUGUAACCCAAUUUUGGGGCAAUAUGUUCGCCUUCCAACACACAACAAAAAGAAUUACAGUUGCCGUGGAAAAAGGACAGAAGUUUACGGGUUGGGUUUUAAUACCAUAACUGAUAAGUAUAUGAUUUUAAGAAUUUCAACACCAGUAGACCCGCCACACCCGAUUUAUAAAAAAAGAUCUGAGGCUGAUGUCUUUAUUAUUGGGACUAAUAUUACAUGGAAGCGAGUGGGUUAUCUUCCAUAUCCAAGUUAUCAAGAAUCUCUUGGGGAUACUAUGAAAGGAGCGUUUCAUUGGUUGUUUUAUAACGAGAUGAAAAAUUUUACAUCUUUGUAUGCAUUCAACAUCGAGGACGAGCGAGACUAUCUGAUUCCCUUUCCCCUUAAUAUAGGUAACGGCAAGGUUAAUAUGAGUGUUGGGAUAUUGAACAAUUGUUUGUGUUUGUUUGAUAAUUCACAUCAUGCUCAUUUUGACAUAUGGUCGAUGAAAGAGUAUGGAGUUGGGGAGUCUUGGGUUUUAAAGUGUAUUUUGACAGCCUCUAUUCCUGCUGGCAUAUGUAAGUCAACACUUCACCCUCUAGUAGCUCUGAAAGAUGAUGGAAUUAUCAUAAAGUCAGGAAGUGGUAACUUCUAUAUUUAUGAUCAGAAGAAUAUGAAUUUCACCAGGUUUGAAAUUGAUAAUGUGGAACUCUUAGCUGAAUCUAACUAUCUCGCAGUUCACUCAUCAAACUUUUGUUCAGCCGAUCUUAUGUCAAACGGAUGUGUGCUGGUCACGGAAUUGGGUGCCAGAUGUUCUGCGCGCAUAUCCAAGUGA